GAAGGUAAAUAGAACGCACAAAGAGGAAGUUGUUGUCAAGUGUCAGCAGCAUUAACAGCAUCAACACUAACAGAGAAAUAUGUCCAUACUUUUCUCUUUUUAAAGCUGUAGACAUUUAAAAACAACUCUGGAGGAAGCCGUUGCCUUGUUGGAACUAUAUUUAGUUGUAAUGAUAAUUUCAUUUUCCUGGGCUAUUUAUUUUAUAUUCGUGUCGAAGCCAUUGUUUGGGAAAAAUUAGCUUAACCCAGCGUUAGCGAUGGGUCGAUGACACAGGCUGCAGCAGCAGAGUUUUUGACUGAACACCGCCCAGCUUUCUGCACUGGUGAAGGAGAGGAGAGGCCAGAUGGAUUUCUCUAAAUUCCUGGACGAUGAUUUUGAUGUGAAAGACUGGGUGAACGGCGCCUUCAAGGUGGUGCAGAAGGACGCGCCGGGGAAAGCGGACACGCACGCAGCCACACUGGUCAUGAAACUGCAGCUGUUCAUCCAGGAAGUCAACAAUGCUAUUGAGGAGAGCAGUAACCAGGCCCUCCAAAAUAUGCCCAGGGUGCUGCGUGAUGUGGAGGCUGUGAAACAGGAGGCUUCCUUCCUCAAGGAGCAAAUGGUCCUGGUCAAAGAGGACAUCAAGAAGUUUGAGCAGGACACUGUGCAGUCAAUGCAGGUCCUGGUGGAGAUAGAUCAGGUGAAGAGCCGCAUGCAGCUGGCAGCUGAGGCUCUACAGGAAGCGGACAAAUGGAGCACACUGAGUGCAGACAUUGAGGAGACCUUCAAAACACAGGACCUUGCAGUGAUCUCCUCUAAGCUGACCAGCAUGCAGAACAGUCUGGCCAUGCUGGUGGACACACCAGACUACUCUGAGAAGUGUGUCCACCUGGAGGCUCUGAAAAACAGACUGGAGGCCCUGGCCAGCCCACAGAUAGUAGCGACCUUUAAUUCCAUGUCUAUAGACCAAGCCAAGCUGUUUGUUAAAGUCUUCACAGAGAUAGAUAGAAUGCCACAGCUUCUUGCCUACUACUAUAAGUGUCACAAGGGCCAGUUGGUGAGCAUGUGGCAGGAUCUGUCUCAGAGUGAGCUCAGUCUGAAUCAGCAGCUGUCUGAAUUCUACGACACUUUGCUCUCCACAUGGCACUCCCAGCUGCAGUGGAGCAGCCAGGUGUUCAAGAACCCAUAUGAGGUGGUGACGGUGUUGCUGAUCCAGACUCUGGGGGCCAUGGUUCCGUCCAUCGCUGUGUGCCUGAGCACAGCCAUGGAGCGGGCGGCCCAGGAGCAGCGUCUCGACACUCUGCUGGAGCUCCACCAAACCACGUCCACCUUCGGACACAGCCUGGAGGCCGCCAUGCUGCCUCACCUGGGAGAGAAUAACCUGCUGAAGGUGAAUGAGCUGGUCUGUGUGCUGUAUGACCCCUAUAAAUCUUAUCAACUACAGUAUGGGGAUCUGGAGGAAGCUCACCUCCUCAUCCAGAUCAGCGCUGUACCUUUGGAGCACGGGGAGGUAAUUGAUUGUGUAGAAGAGUUGAGCCACUCUGUCGGCAAAUUGUUUGGCCUGGCCAGUGCUGCUGUGGACCGCUGUGUCAAACUGACUGAUGGACUGGCUGUGUGUGGCCUCCUUAAAGCUCUCAAAGCCCUUUUUACCAAGUAUGUGUCUGACUUUUCCACAACACUGCAGUCAAUCAGGAAGAAGUGUAAGCUGGAGGAUACACCAAGCUCAUCUGUUUUCCAGGAGGACUGGACAGCCUUCCAGAACUCAGUCAGGAUUAUUGCCACGUGUGGAGAGCUACUUAGACAAUGUGGAGCAUUUGAGCAGCAGCUGUCAAACAAGAUCCUGGGUACAGCAGGGAAGUACUUGUCAGAGUCGUACAGCCCCCGCAGCCUGACAGGCAUCCAGGAGGCCAGCUCUACAGAGAGGAAGAGUGCUACCAAGAACCCCUGGCAGGAAUAUAACUACCUUCAGAGGGGCAAUAUGGCUGAAUAUAACAGCCUGAUGGAAGUCCUCUACUCAUUAAAGGAGAAGGGCACCGGUAACUCCAACCUAUUAGCUGAGCCCAGAGCAGCUCUGACCAGACUCAACCAGCAGGCCAAUCAGCUGGCCUUCGACUCUGUCUUCCUGCAGAUCAAACACCAGCUCUGCCUCGUCUCCAAGAUGGAGAGUCAAGAGGCUCCUGGUUUUGGAGAGAGCUACACGGAAGACCUGCCUACUUUCAGCCUGUCACCGCAGGAAUACAUUACAAAUAUAGGGCAGUACCUGAUGUCUCUGCCGCUCCACCUGGAGCCAUUUGUGACACAGGAGGACCCGGCAUUAGAAAUGGCCUUACACGCUGGGAAGCUGCCGUUCCCUCCAGAGCAAGGUGACGACCUUCCCGAGCUGGACAACACAGCGGACUACUGGCUGGGCUCCAUUGCUCGGGCAACCAUGCAGACAUACUGUGAUGCCAUCCUGCUCAUCCCCCAGCUGAGCACCCAUUCCACAAAACAGCUGGCCACAGAUAUCGACUAUCUGAGCAACGUGAUGGAUGCUCUGGGCCUGCAGCCCUCCCGCGCCCUGCAGCACAUCGUCACCCUGCUGAGGGCCAAACCAGAGAACUACAGACAGACCGCCAAACUGCUGCCUCGUCGGCUGGCCUCCACCAUCGCUGCCCUCCGCUGCAUCGACUACUAACAGUAAGGGAGAAGGACUCUGUAGGUACAACUGGACUCUGGAUUGUUUGGGGCUGCAGCAUUUUAUGUUUUUAGUCUUGUCCAAAUACUGUAUGUAUGGGAUGUCUGGGAAUGUUAAGAAACUGAAAUCAGGGUGGUUCAGAUGUUUUUAUACUGAUUAAUUUUUGAACUAAAUGUGACUAUAAGUGAUGUCUUACCGGUGAUAAUGCCUUCAAAGUCAAGCCAAAAGGUGAAAGUGUCUUGACUCUACAUCUUUAAUCUCUGCAUUUAUAAGCUGCUGAAGCAUUUGAGGAAGUAACAAAAUGUACAUCAGGGCAUGUGUUAAAGCAUUUGAAUUCUAUAUGACAGAUGUAAUGACAGACUAUUUGUCAUUAAUUACUUGUCAUACAAAUAUAAUUCAUCUAUAAUAAUAAAUUAUAUCAAGGUAAUAUUUCUGAUAUGAGCUGUAUUCUUUUCUGUUAACUGAGCUUGACAUUCAGCAGUUCACUCAAAAAGUAAUGGUGGAGAUGAUCGCUCUCUCACAUUGUAGUAGGGGCUGGAUAAAAGAUAUGGAUAAUCUCCAUGGGGACAUUUUCCUUAUUUUUCCAUUCAGUAUCUUUAAAAUCUGCACAUAAAACAUUUACAUCAGCGCUAAUAGCCUGUUGCAUUAUUUUACAAAGCUGUUUUUCUUCUCUAGAUCAAAUGGGGGACUGAAUAAACUGGGGAUCUAGUUUAAUAAAUGUAUGAGCUUUUUUCAUAGUUUGUCAAAUGCAGAUUGUGUGUCCAAUGUCUAAAAAUGUCUUCUUAUACAAUCUUAUGUUCUUAACUGAUAUUGAAUGUAUUUGCACCUUUAAGCCAUGAAAAUUGUCAUGUCUGUCACAGUCAACUGUCAGAGGAAUACUUACAGAAAUAGAAGACUGUUAUUGUAACACACAGGUAAGACUCCUGCCUGAGAGGAAUGGCACCAUGUUUUCUGGCAAAGUGAGUAAAUCUAAUACUUGAA